AUGUUUCAGGUGUCUUCACUAAGGUUCCAAUGGUUAACUCGCGUGGUUCUUGCUCAGAGUACCCAUUCUCAGAGGCCUACUUCUCGACGUGUGAAAGGUAUUCCCCGUAUGCACGGCACUGUGUCAGUAUUUAAGAACCGCCGUGGAUACGGUUUUGUGACAGCUAAGGGCUUUGUUGGGGGUCCACCGGUGAGCUUACCCUUCCCGAUGGACCGACUCCUGGACAAAUACUUCUUCACCCGUGCGUCGUUGUCCGGUGGGUUUCGCGUCAAUGAGGGUGAAAACGUUUCCUUUGAGAUUUGGGAACGCAAAGGCGCGCAGCCGUUCCGGAUGCCCGGUUCGGGUUCUUUUGGCGAGGCGUCUUCGAUGACCACCGGUUAUGUGCCGCUGCACGAGAGUGUUAGUAAACCUAUAGUGACCCCCACGAUGGUGGAACUUCCUGAUGACAACUUCAACAAUGAUGAGCGGCUGUUGCACCUUGCGAUGCGAAUGUGUUUCUAUGAUAUUGAAACUAACAAGGAGAGUUCCAUCUCACCUACAUCUCUGAGUGGUAAAGUCAUUAAGUGGGAUCCUAUUGAAGGUCGUGGGGUUAUUAGCGAGCUCGACACGGAUGGCCACUUCCACCAAGAUGCUCCGUGUUUUGAGCUUACAUUGGAUGUGAUGGACAUCUCACCAGGCACAGAGAUGCGAGUUGGGCGUUACGUUCGGUUUUGUGUCGAUGAAGAAGGUAAACAUGAUGGUGUAGAAAACUUCAUUCCUACGCUCAGCAUGGGCCGGAAAGGUGUAGAUGACUUAAGUCCCACCACUUCUGUGACCAGUGGUGAACUGCAACCCACGUCAUCAACAGUACCGCUACGGCAGGCACGUUGUGCUAUUAUCGAUGUAACAGCUGAGCGCACGAACGCCGUGGUAGGUGUUCCUAUUGUUCCAGCAUCUGCACCCAUAGGCACCAUGAAUGAAUCUACGCGAUUUUCUGGCACCAUUCGCUUGCUCGAGGAGAACUUCGGAUUCGUAAAAGACGACCUUGAAGGUGAUUCUAUUUUCUUUCAUUUGUCAAAUGUCUCAUCACAGAGAUUGAAAGUGGGCGAAAGAGUUACGUAUCUGCUUCGUAUGUUGAAUCAUGGUAAGCAUCUAGGGAAAAAAGCCUGCUUCGACAUGCGACGUAUGAAGAGUGGAGAGGAUCCACGAGAGGCAGACCAAAGUAGUAUGUUACUAUCCCAUUCGCUGCACGACGACGAUGAAAUAGAUUUUUCAGACUAA